AGCAUCCGCCAGUCGAUUACUUCUAAGGUCAUGUUUUGUUUGGAUAUAUAGACAUGAUGUGCAAUCCAGCAGCUUUUUAUUGCCAAGUGUAGCCAACUGACUUGUUAAACUACCCUUCAGCUUCAGAGCAACUGAGCCUCACCUCCCACCUCCCACCCUAAUCAUGAGGUGGUCUUUGCUUUCUCUAGCAUUGGUAGGCGUUGCUGCAUUGGCUUACGUGAUGUACACCCCUGCCCCUGAAGGCAUCACUGAGCCCUGGAAAUACAGUGCAUUUUGCGGCAUGCUAAAGACGUGUCAGAUUAUUGCGAAAGUGCUUGCAUAUUUUGAUGAUGGGAACUAUUGGAAGCAUUAUCGACAUGUGCGUCAUUGGCUAAGGCCAGCAACUCCAUCUGAAAUUCCUGGAUCAAACAUUAGAUCACGUGUGACGACAUUUGAUGGGAUAAAAGUACGGCUUUACGAGCCAAUAAAAAAACAGCAAGGAUUAUCGCCUGCUCUUGUUUUCAUUCACGGUGGUGGAUUUGUCAUUGGUAGCACAGAGACAUAUGACUCAGUAACACGCAAGAUAGCUGAAGGUUUGGAUAUGGUCGUAGCCUCAAUUGAUUACCGUCUUGCACCUGAAUUUAAGAUCCCAACUCAACAUGAAGAUAAUCUAAAAGCAAUCAGUUGGUUCAUGCAAAAUGCCGAGCAAUUUGGCAUUGAUUCUAAUCAUAUCGGCGUUGCUGGAGAUAGUGCAGGUGGUUUAAUGACCGCAUACAUUUCCCAGGUUAUCCAUGAUGAUGAAUCACUUCCGGAUAUCAAAUUCCAAGGAUUAAUUUACCCAUUCACACAGGGGCUGGACUUUUACACGCCCUCAUACCAGAAGUAUGCAAAAUUUCUUGGAGAAAAAGGUGUAUUACCACGAUCUACUGUAAUCCACAUGGUAUCGUCGGCCAUAAAAAACGAUGGCGAUUUGAGCAAUGCCAGCAUGUUGAAUAUGCAUACGUCUGCGGAAUUCAAAACAAGGGUGCGAAAGUUAGUGAACCACGAUGAUAUACCGGUAGAAAUGAAAGAUGAGGCUUAUUACAUGCCACCUGCUGAUGUUGGAGAUGGUGAUGCGCAGGUGUGGGAAAAAUACCGGUCCAUUUUCCUUAAUCGUGCCGUCUCUCCAUUGCUGCGAGAUAACAUGACUGGUCUUCCUCCUGCCUAUAUUGUAACCUGUGGUUUUGAUAAUCUUAGAGAUGACGGAAUCCUUUAUGCAAAGAAACUAGAACGAGCUGGGGUUGAGACUAUUCUCGUGAACUACGAUGGUGGGUUUCAUGGCAUGUUAUGGGAAGGUAGAUUUUUUGAGUUCCAAUUAGCAAAAGAAGCUCUCCAGAAAUUUAUAAUACUGUACAUGCAAAACAUUCUCUACUACGUGCCUAAAAACAAAUUGAAAGUAAAGAACGAAAUAAUAGAUUUUCAGUACACAAUGGUCAAAAUAUUUAUUUGUUUCAUUGAAACAUUAAAUAAAAAUUACAUACAUCUAGAAUUAUUAUUUAGUAAAGUACUAUUAAAUUCUUAUAUAAUUAUAAAAAAAAAAAACCAAAAUAAUUCUCAAUUUCUGGUAAGUCUUAUAUUAUGAUAAAAUAAAAAUAAAAUAUACUGAUCUGUAAAAUUCUUUAAAAUAAUUUUGACAAAUUAUACAGUAUUAAUAUCAGUAAAAUUGCCUGUGAUUUACAUUUGUAUUUAUUUGUUGUCUUUUAUAUACUAUAACUUCAAUACAGUAGGUCACCUGCAAUUAUAAUAUACUGGUUUGAAGUUCUAAGAUAUACUGACCCAUAAAAUUUGUCUAAAAAAUGUUCAUUGUAAUAAUUAUGCUAAGUUAUAUUUAAACUACCACUAAACUAUUUAUUAUCAGUAAAAAUUUCUCUCAUUAGAAAUGUAUUUAUCUGUCUUCCAUAAUUGACUUCAAAUAAAACUUCAAUAGGUCAUCAACUUGUUAGUUAAGUGUAUAUUGGAUAAAAUAUUUAAUGUGAACUUAUCUUGAGCAGAAACAAUUUGAUAAGUUGUUUCCCAGCUGAGCUUUUGAUUUGCGUGGUGAUGCGUAUAUGAUUAGAGUUUUAAUUAUCAGAUAUCAGCAAAACAAUUGUGCUUAUACAUUAUUUUGCAUGUUUCAUUGUUAUUGCACAAAUUUCAUGUAUUUCAUAUGAUCGAUCAAUAAAUCUGAAUCCGAA